AUCAAUUCAGUUGGUUGCUAGUUUACAACAAACACUUACACCACCUUCUCUUCUUCUCACAAAAGUGUUUCAUAUAACUGUCAUCACUCAAUCAAGACACUUGACAUCCCCUACGGUUUUAUCAAGCUUAAUAUAUAGAAACAAAUACCAUAUAAUACCCAACUUUUGCCCACCAAAAGAUUCUCACUUUCACUUGACUUGCAUUCAAACACUCAGGUUCUAAAUCAAGAAACAGGCAACCCACUAAGGUGUCUUCAAGUACCUUUAAUCAUUUCUUAUAUAAACUCUGAAGCACAAACCACAACACUCACACCCUAGUUUGCUCAAUCAAGAAAACUGCCACUAGGGUGUCUUUGAGUUUCCAAAGUAGAAACCAAUUAAGGAUCCUUAUUUACACUCUUUGUCAUAUAGAUUUUGAGUUGGUUGCUAGAAGCAAAUCAGUUAAAAGCCAAUGGGGUACCUUCAAUCUUCAAGUACAAGUAGUGGUGUUGGCUCUCACUUGUAUUCUCAAGCGCUCCAAAUGAAGUUAUACCAGGCCUUCAUAUUUUCAAUCCCAAUACUCUUCUCCAUAAUAUUAUUUCUCUUGUUUUACUUGUUCUACCUCAAGAGGACUUAUAGCAACAACAAUCCUUCAUCUUCAUCUAUAUUCCAUCUAAGAACCUCAAGGACUCAAGACUCUACAACUCUCUCUCAAUGUAGUGAAAUGGGAUCAAAGGUAAACCUCGAAGAUAAGCUUACUGUGAUCUCAUUCGACGAAGAUUUAUACGCAAAGGAGUUGAUGUGUUGUGUCUGUUUGGGCGAAUUUGAGAUGAAUGAACAGCUACAUCAAAUACCAUCCUGCCAACACAUGUUUCAUGUCGAAUGCAUACGAAACUGGCUCCAUUCAAACACCACAUGUCCGCUCUGCAGAUGCUCGGUUGUCAAUACAUUUAAAGGUGGCCAUCACGAGCCGCUGGUGGUUCCUGAACCAACCACCGUGAACAACUUCAGUUCAAACCCACAAGGAUUUCCUAUAGAACAUAGUGUGGUCAUAUUUGAAGGGGCGUCUAGUUCAAGUACGGACAACAAAUUAUCUCAACCAAAUGAAGAAUCUGUUGUUGUCAAUGUUCAAAUACAUGAUUCAUGAGUGUUCUUAAAGGAAUUUUGCUAGGAGGGUAGAAUAGUCUUUGGACUACAUGAACACAUGCAUCAAUGUCAAGUGUUAUCCAAGUUGUAUGUACCAGCUCACACAUGAUAUUGCAAGUUGUCCUUUUUGGCAAGUGAGCAAAAUAGUUUAUUGAAAAUGUGGUAAAUAGUAAUGUCUAGUUCAUAAUUUUCUAAACUAAGAGCAUUCACA